AUGGAGACGUUGUUCAUGCAGGUUUUCGAGCACCGGGACUGGGUGGAGGCACAGAUGCGGCAGCAGGUCGCGUCCUCCUCAGACUCCAUCGCCUGCUCCCUCAUCGCCGCCGGCAGCCGGCCCCCGGCGUGGCUCUUGCCGCAGCCCGCCCCCGCCAUAGUGGAGCAAGGUCCGUUUCUUAUCUCCCCCGUGGUUGCAGUUGAGGUUCUGGUCUGGUUUGGUGUUUCUGAAGCUGAUGGUUUGCCUCGGUUCCGCCGUGGUACACCCUCUGCUGCUAAUCUUGAGAAGCUGCUGCCCAACUCUGCCAACGAUGAGCGCUUAUAUCAGAACAUCAUUCUUUUUCCAGGAACAAUUAAUCAUAAUGAUUUCUGUAGCGCUAGUGCUUCUGAUGCCUUUAUAUCUGCACUGAGUGACCCAUUUCAGAUGCAAACUUCAUUGCCUAAACUAUCUCCAGAAUUUGUUAGGACAGCUACAACUGGGGAUGCACACAUGGGAUCUUCUUCUCUGUCCACAGCAAAUAAGAGUCUCCAAAUAAAACCAGUAUUAGAUUCAGUCAGCUGCCAUCUUAAACAAUCUGGUCAUGCUGAGUCAAAACUUUUGAUUCAGACUGAAGCAUAUGGUGUUUCUGCAAGGAAUAACAUGGGUAAAUGUGUGACAUCAGCAGCUAUGCGUGGGGCUUCAUCUGAGGGUGCACAGAUAUUGCAAACUGCAGAAAGAAAUAGUACACCAUCAGCAAAGGAAUGCUUAGAUUCAUCUUGUGAAAGAGUAGCCAUGAACUGUCAAUCAAGCUCUAGUGCAUCGUUAGUUCCUCAAUAUUCUCAAUCACAUUAUUUGGAAAAUGGUCUCGAUAAAGUGAGCAAUUCUUCGCCUAAUUACUCUAAUACUUUCUCUGAUGGCGAUGCAUGCUGCAUAAGUAAGAAAAUUUCUUGCUUUGCAAAUCCUGACACAGAUGUAAAAGUUGCAACCAUAGAAGACAAAAUACUUACCGGGAUAGAUUUUGUUGCAUUUAGAAGUGGAGUGUUGAAUACAGAAAAUUAUUCCAUCACGGAUUCUCCAACUACUGAUCCAAGGUAUGCUUUAUAUCAGAAGAAUCACCAUGCGAGCCUAGAAUUCGAUGAGAAAGGUAUUGAUGAUGGACAGAAAGUAUCUCAUGGUUCUAUUCCAUGGCAAAAUGUUGAUAUUUAUGCUGACUAUGAUGAAACUGCGCAACAGUGUCAGAGCUUUAACAUUCCUAUUCCAUCUAAGAAUAAGAGUUCAACUGUCAAAGAAAGGGCAUUUGUGGGACUUUCUGAAUCUGAGAAGUUGAUUCACUUGAGCUGCAAUCUUUCCAGAAAGUAUAAGAUGGGCAGCAAGAUGAAACCAUUGUGUGGAAAAUAUGAGUCAUUGGCAGCUAGGUUUGAGAAACUCGUGAGCCGGUGCUCAGUCGAUUCUGUUGACACUAAAUGGCAUGAUACAAGUUAUGAUAUCAACAAUUUGGGAAUUCCUGGUGAAUAUAGUUUGGAAUUCGAUGAUUCUCUUCUGAUGUCCAAUGUCCAAACUUAUGGUUCAGCAAAUGCUAAUAGUGUUCAAGAGGAUAGUAACAUUCCUUUGACCCCAUCAGCUCACAAGUAUAGCCUGGAAAAGCUGUCACGAAGAACCGGAUCUAGUUCGGAGUGUAUGGGUUCUAUACCAGAACGUGCAUGCUUUCAAAUUCAUGAAGAUAGUAAUAUUGCAGAAGAAAAUGAGAACAAAGAGGUACUACCUCGAUGUCCUGGUACAAAUUAUUUAACCCAAGAUCUGACAGACAGAAAACCACUUGACAAUCUUACUAGCUCCUGCCGAAGCCUUGUUUGA